AUGGACAUGAAACUCGCUCAACAUCUACCGCUCUACAUGAGCCCCCUCACAUUGCAGAUGAUCCUGGUCUGGCUCAACAGCGUCGAGGCUGGACGUCCGCCCGCUGGGCCCGAGCGCGACGGCGCGCAAGACGAGCACGACUCUUGGGGCCGCGGCUGCUCUUCGACCCCAGGAAAGCCUCCGAGGUGCCCGGAUAUAGGCCCCGCGCCGACCCGGCUUCCCCCGCCGCCGGUCGUGGGCCCGCGGCGCUUUGAGCUUUCGCCGUCUCGGGCCCCUGCGAUCCCGUCAAAGAAUCCGGCGCGGUUUGAGAGGCGUCCCGGCCAUCGAUGGACGUGA